AUGUCGAGCAUGGAACUGUGCCCUGAAGAGCUUGAAAAACUGCUGUUGGAUGAGAACACCACAGCAGAACAGCUGGCUUCAAUAAAAGCGACGCUAGAGCGUCUGUCGAAGAAGGUGGAUAACCUCGCUGCAAGUGAAGCGCAACAGGUAAGUACUUCAACGGAAGUCAUUACAAAAUGCCUAGCAAACUUGCGAGAGAUUCCUGCACAAACGUCGCAGGGAGUUGCAACUAGAACCGCUAAACAGCUGGAGGAGCUAGUAAGCUCAAAAAUAAAUGAGGAGUGCAAUCUCAUUGAGCUGGAACUAGAGCGGUUGAAUAAGUUGGAACUGGAUGUCCGCGCGUGUAAAAAUUUGGUGUGCGAAACAAUCACGCUAGUGCUAAGCGCGCAAGCUUUACAGAGCGACAUAGUGGAAUCAAGAGCGAGGCAGCACGAGAAGUUGCUGGCACCUAAGAAAGAAAUAAAGACAACUUCCGAAGGAGCAUGGGAGCCAAAAAGCCAUGCUAAAUCCUUUCAAUUUCAGCAAAACCGGCAAGGUUCAGAGGAAGGACCGAGUAGGAAGGUUGUCUAUGAACAGCUGAAUGCAGGAGAUUUCGACAAUGUCGAAUACCACGUAAAUUUUGAUCCAGUGGCAGCUGCACAAGGUAAGCCUACCGGUGAGCAUGUAACUGGAAAGGAUGAACAAAAGUCAUUACAGCCAGAAGGGACGAUAGGCUGGAGGCCGAAGACCAAGGGCUUGAGCCCGUCAACGUCGAGCCGCAGCCACAGCUCAGGUGGGUCAUUCCAUUCUGAGACUCAAAUCGGUUGUAUAUUAGCCGCCAUGGCCCUACCCGAGGUAGAGACUUUUAAAGAUGCACAAGGAAAGAACUUCGAUGAGUUCAUCAUGAAGUUCAAGAUGAAAUAUCAAAAUCUUAGGCUACGGAAUAACCUCCUUAACCAGUUACUUAUAUCAAAACUGGAGGGUUACCCUAAGGCGGUAGCACAAGCACUACCGAAAAACCUUAGAGAAGGGAACUUUGAUGACUUAGUGGAAACACUACGUUCAAAGUUCAAGUGCAAUGAUUCUGCGGUGCAAAUGAAGGCGUAUAUGGAUCUCAAACGACUCAGAAAAACGGGAGACGUAACGAGAUACUGCCUUGAAUUGGAAAGGCUGACAAGAGACGCCUAUCCGGACGCAUCGGAAGAAGAACUCUCCCGUACGAGAGCAGGAGAGUUAGUAAGCCAACUAACGGACUGGCCUGAGUAUCUCCAACUCUAUACAACAAUGGAGAUUGCCCCCAAAGGCUUGGCUUAUGAAAUGGUAAAGACCAUGGCUCAAAGAUGUGAACGAAGCAAGGAAGUGGCAGCGAUAAUGCGGAAUGCUUCGGAAGGACGUCCACGAAGUCGCCAGGAAGGCGGAAAGCGCAUGGCUUACCACAAUGACAAACCAAGAUGCUCUCAGGAUGGCAGUAGCACAAUUGAGAAUACCAACAACAAAGAAGAGCCGCAAAAGAAAACGGAUAAACAAAAGUCCGUCAUGAAGUGCUACAAUUGCAAUAAACCAGGGCAUCUGAAGAAAGACUGUAUGUUGUCGAAGAAGCGGAAUACCAUGGAAAACGUGCGCAAACCACAACAGCAGGCAGAACCAGCAAAAAUGUUUACUGCAUCGCUUAAAAAGUGGAUGCGUGGAUCAGUGGAAAUCACAAGCCACAGUGAAUUAGUGGGAGAGCAAACAACGACAGAAGUCAAUGUACUUGGGAUGACACGCAAAGCGUUGUUGGACACAGGCUCUCAGAUCAGUAUUAUUCCACUACACAUGCUUCAAGAAGCAAAGGAUGCUGGUUUCGAUUUAAACAGUGACGUAGAGGAAAUACCGCUAAACCAGCACAAACCAGUGUACGAUGCCUCAGGCAAUAGAAUG